GGGUGCUCACACACAGCAGCUCCGUCGACACCCAACCCUGACACACUCGUAUAAACUACAUACAGUACAAAGCAGGAUUAAUCGAUCGAUGGAGGCUUCACGCAAGCUCCUCUCCGCCGCGCUCUUCCUCGUGCUGCUGCUCGCGGCCACGGGGGAGAUGGGAGGCCCGGUGGCGGUGGCGGAGGCUCGGAGGUGCGAGUCGCCGAGCCACAGGUUCAGGGGCCCCUGCGUGCGCGGACACAACUGCGCCAACGUCUGCCGGACCGAGGGCUUCCCCGGCGGCAACUGCCGCGGCCUCCGCCGCCGCUGCUUCUGCACCACCCACUGCCGCUACUAGCCCGCCUCCACUUCGUCCGCACCUUUGUCCGUGUCUGCGUCCAUGUCCGUGUCUGCGUCAAUGUCCAUGAAUAAACCUCGGCCGGCCUGUCAAGGCCGAGCUGGGUACAUGAAAUAGCUUCUCCUUGUUGUGUCC